AGUUGUGCUCUGUAUUUGACACCCACAUAGCGUGUUUUUAGUUAUAAUAUUUCGAAGAAAGUGACCAAAUAUUUGCUAGAAUGAGGGUGUUACACAUUGUAGCGCUUGCAGCGCUGACUGUAGCGGUCAACUACCGCACCACUGUGAAGCAGCAGACAGAGAUCACACCACAGAUUACAUCUCUCACCGACAAGGAUGCCAGAAGAAAAGCAUCUGUACAUCCUCUGUUUGCUAACGCUGGACGCCAGGCUGGAGUUGAGGUCUGGAGAAUAAAGGAUUUCAAUCCGGAAGUGGUAUCACAGAGAGACUACGGCAAGUUCUACAAGGGAGACUCUUACAUCAUACUCAAGACAACAGCGGAUAAGAAGAAUAAGCUGUCCUGGGACAUAUACUACUGGAUAGGCAGUGAGUCCACGCAAGACGAGUCGGGGGCCGCGGCUAUAUACAGCGUCGGCCUCGAUGACAAGUUCAACGGUGCUGCUGUACAGCACAGGGAGACACAAGGAUAUGAAAGCCAGCAAUUCACGGCCUUAUUCCCAUCUGGUGUACAAUACCAGAAUGGCGGAUACCCUACAGCAUUCCGUCACGUGACCACCAAUGCUGGAGCCGAGAAGCGCCUCAUCCAAGUCAAGGGCAGGAGAAACGUACGGGUUCGCCAAGUGGACCCGAGCAUCUCGUCAAUGAACAAAGGCGACUGCUUCAUCCUGGAUGUGGAUCAUGACGUUUAUAUAUAUGUGGGCCCCAACUCCAGGAAUGUGGAGAAGCUGAAGGCGGUCUCUGUUGCUAACCAGAUCAGAGAUCAAGACCAUGUGGGUCGAGCUCGGGUUGAAACCAUAGACCAAUACUCCAGCGACGUGGAUGUUCAGAAGUUCUUCACUGCUCUUGGCUCCGGUGCUAAGGACAGCGUGCCUGACGCCACCGCCGGUGGUGAUGACCAGAGCUUCGAGAGGAACGAAGAACAGAAUGUAAUUUUAACUGAAGUGUCCGACAGCAGCGGGAAAUUGGUAGCGACACCCGUGUCGAGACCAUUCCGACAGGAACAACUCAAAAAGCAGGACGUGUACAUAUUGGACACCAUCAGCGGGGGCGUGUACGUGUGGGUCGGGAAACAAUCCUCAGAGAGGGAAAAAACUGAAGCUUUGACAAAGGCCCAACAGGUUAUAACAUCAAAGAGCUAUCCGUCUUGGGUGAAAGUAACCCGUAUACCUCAGGGAACAGAGCCAGCUAUAUUCAAACAGUACUUCACCACGUGGAGAGAUGUCAACAUGUCGCAUUCUAGAGUCAUCUAGUCAUGUUUGACUUACUGGUUAAAAAU